AUGAGUCUUCAAGGAAAAAUUGCCAUUGUCACUGGCGCCUCGCGCGGAAUUGGCGCCGGGAUCGCCCUUGAUCUCGCCAAGCAGGGUGCAAAGCUCACCCUAACCUACACAUCCGCAAGCAGCGAGCAUGGUAUCGACGAUCUAUGCCGCAAAAUCAACGACCUGAACAACGGCUCCGCAGCAACCAAAGUCCAAGCUGACCUCCGACAGCCAGACGCCCCAGCCCAAAUCCUCGCCGCAACGUUCGAGGCAUUCUCCGACGCAGACAACAAGAUCGACAUCCUAGUCAACAACGCAGGUGUCUCCCAAUGCAAGAACCUGGUUGAAACAACCCCCGAUGACAUCUCCUCCGUCUUCGACGUCAACGUCUUCGGCUUGAUCCGCAUGACUAAAGCGGUGAUCCCGCAUCUCCGCGCCCCAGGCCGAAUCAUCAACAUCAGCUCCGUAGCCGCUCGGCGCGGAUCACCCGGUUUCUCCGUGUAUUGUGCGUCCAAGGCUGCCGUGGAGGGAUUCACGAGGGCGUUGGCGUGUGAGCUGGGUCCUGUGGGGUGUACGGUUAAUGCUAUUGAGCCUGGGGCGGUGGAGUCUGAUAUGUUGCAGGAGCUUUCGGAUGAGCUGCUCGCUUAUAUCCAGCAGAGUACGCCAUUGGGGGGUAGAGUCGCUGUACCCGAGGAUAUUGCUCGCGUUGUGACUUUCCUAGCCGGGGAGGGAGCGGGAUGGGUGACGGGGCAGAGUAUCUGUGUUAGUGGGGGGUUGCAUAUGAACUGA